CUCGACAUCCACUCAACUGUCUCCUCUCGGCAUCAGCUAUCCUUGCAAUAUGGCGGCGAGAUUCCUUGUAGCUGUGGCCCUCUUCGCUCUGUGCCAUUGCAACCCCGUCAUUAUAAACGGUGUACUUUACCGUGAUGCACGUGGGUUCUCAUCGGCCCAAGGCUACAGCAGCAACUUCGGAGGCCUCAGCCAGGCUUCGGGCUCCGCCACCGCCAACGGAGCCGGCGCGCAGGCCUAUGGCAGCGGCUCCAUCGGCCCCCAGAUGAUCGCCCGUAACGACGGUUUCGAACAAGUCUACCCCGGCCAAGCCAUCGCAAAAGCCGAAGCCUAUGAAGCGCCAGCAAUCCCCAUGUAUGGAGCUGCUAAAGCCGUAGCUCAAGCUCAAAAUGGCGCCUACUACCCAGUCCCUGAGCCAGCGACGGUCAUCACAUAUGAACAGAACUUUGAAGUCCCUGCGGAAGUCAGCUACGAAAUUCCAGCUCCCAUCUCUGCCCAGUCUUCAGCCAUCAUGAAUGGUAACUCUGACUCUUCCAUCGCGUCUGCCAUCUCCAACGGCGCUGGACUAGCUCAGUCCUCCUCUCAGACACAAAGAGGCGUCGACUCUUACGGACUCACUUCUUCCAACGUUAAGUCUUUUGGAGGCUACGGUGCUGCUGACUCCACCGCCAACACUGGCUAUGGCUCCGCCAUUACUGCCGCUAGAAUCCAAGGCUUGGCCGGAUCGGGUUCUGCAAGCUCUAAGGCUCACUCUGGAUUGGGAUCCACUCUCUCAAACGCGCAAGCCCAGAUGAACGGCGGAUACGGCUCCGCUUCCUCCACUGCCAACACUGGAGCGUAUGAACCCACCAUUGUCGCUGCCAAGACCCAGAAGAAGCACAUCAGCUGGCGUUUCGGAACUCUGUACGACACUCCGUCCAGCCACGCUCAAGCUCAAGCCAACACCAACGGUUUCGGCGCGGCCAAGUCCACCGCUCAGACCUACGAGCCCAUUGCCCUGUCUGGUUACAACUCUGCCAAUGCCAACGCUAACGUCAACGGUGCCGGUUUGGCCAAGUCUCAAGCUAACGUUCUUGGUAAUCAAGGAUCCGCCCUUUCUUCCGCCAACAUUGGUUCUGGAUAUACCGCCGCUAAAUCUACCGCUAACAAUGGAGCUAUGUACGGUGGUCUGAGGUCAGACGCUAACGCCCACAGCUCCGGCUUGGGCAGUGCCAUCUCCUCCGCCAAGGCCCAGGAACUGUCCACCGGCUACAAGAUCACCAACUCAGCUGCCAAUGUUUCUGGCUACGGUUCUGCCAACGCCAAGUCCUACAGCGCCUAAGUACCACUAGUACUGCGCCAACGCAACCACACUAAGACGACUGCAAUACUUGUCUUGGUGUAUUUGCCAUUUUCUGCAUUUAUUUAUUUAUUGUGCUCAAAAUUUAAGACUGUUUUAAUGAAUUCUAAACUGCAUUAGUAUCGUAAUUUAUUUAUUGAAAAUAAAGAAAUUUAACUUUACAA